AUGUCGAGUCCUACUAGUUUUCUUGCGAAAUACAAUGUCGCCAACCGGCUCUACAAGAGCUCACUGCUCAACACAGUGUGCUUAGUCGCCGGCAUAUCCAUCUUCUUCUUCGGAUACGACCAAGGGCUGAUGGGUGGCGUCAACACCGCACGGGAUUAUGCUGAACUCAUGGGAUUCGGCCACUGGGACGAUGCAGAAAGGAUUGUUAUCGUGGAUAAACCAUUGUUACAAGGAGGCAUCGUUGCCGUUUACUACCUUCCCGGAACCUUGGUAGGAUGCUUGGUGGGUGGGUGGUUUGGUGAUCGAUAUGGUCGCCUCAAGACCAUCGCCGUUGCCUGCAUUUGGUCGAUUUGCACCGCGGCUCUUCAAUCCGCUGCGCAGAAUGCGAAUUGGAUGUUUUGUGCACGAGUCUUGAACGGCUUUGGCACCGGGAUGUUGAACGCCAUUACCCCGGUUUGGGCAACAGAAAUUGCUUCUCACACCUCCAGAGGCAAGUUCGUGGCUAUGGAGUUUACUCUCAAUAUAUUUGGCGUUGUCGUCGCAUACUGGCUACAAUUCGGCACGUCAAAAUACAAAGACCCCACAUCAUCCUUUAUCUGGAGAUUUCCCGUCGCUUUCCAAAUCGUGCCUCUCAUCGCUCUAUUCAUCAUGAUUUGGUUCAUGCCAGAGUCCCCGCGAUGGCUCGUCAAAGUCGGUCGAGAAGAGGAGGCCAGAUUCGUCCUGGGCAGACUUCGCGGAACCGAAGGUGAAGACGGCGAGGCCGCAGAGGCAGAGCUCCAGGAUAUCAUCAACGUUAGAAACCUGGAGCACGACACCGCCAAGCAGCAGACUUACUUUGCCAUGCUCUUUGGCCUGGGCUCGGGCAAACUGCACACGGGCCGUCGAGUACAGCUUGUCAUCUGGCUCCAGAUUCUCCAGGAGUGGGUGGGCAUUGCGGGAAUUACAAUCUACGGUCCUACAAUCUUCUCGAUUGCCGGCAUCAGUUCGGAGCAGCGCCUUUGGGUCAGUGGCGUGAAUAAUAUCACGUACAUGUUUGCAACCUUGAUAUGCGUGUUUACCAUUGACCGCAUCGGCCGACGCUGGACUCUGUAUUGGGGUGCUAUUGCACAAGGGAUAUGCAUGUUCUGCGCCGGAGGCUUAGCAAGAGCAACUCUCAACGCUGAUCCUGGUAGCCGUUCUGGACUAGGCGGUGCCGCAACCUUUUUCGUCUUUCUUUACACCGCAGUUUUUGGUGCGACAUGGCUUUCGGUCCCCUGGUUAUAUCCCGCAGAAAUCUUUCCUCUACAAGUGCGUGCCAAGGGUAACGCUUGGGGCGUGGUUGGAUGGUCCAUUGGAAACGGGUGGACGGUGCUUCUCCUCCCCACAAUCUUUGAGAAGCUCAACGAAAAGACGCUGUACCUUUUCGGCGCUGUAAACUUUUUCUCCCUCGUCAUCGUCUGGGCUCUGUACCCUGAAUCGAAUCAACGUACUUUGGAAGAGAUGGAUCUUGUCUUUGCUAGCGAGAGCAUCUGGGCAUGGGAGGCUGAGAAGGAGUUUGCCAAGCUCAAGGCUGAGAACCCUUCUCUUGUCCGCUCGGCACACAUGGGGCACGGCGUUGUCGACUCUGGAACCGGUAUCACGCCUUCAAAGGUGAACAAUGAUCAUAAAGAGUAG